GUUCGCAACGGCGUCGUGACCAUUUUCCAAGAUUUCUAUGAUCACCCGCGAAUGCCAUUUAAGAUGAAGUACGACGCGCGUAAAACUGUACAGUGGAAGGUGCCUCCUGAUACUGUGGACUACCCCAUAGUACUUCCUAUUUUCAUUGAAGGUCUCAGAGAAGUUCUCCCGAUGUAUGAGACUCUGGCUUUCGCCGGAGCUCUUGAGCUUAUCAGAAGGGGCGGCGACCGACGCGUAGUGCCGGUUCUUCCCAAGUUGAUACAACCGUUGAAACGCGCUUUGGAAAGUCGAGAUCCCAACACUCUACGCAAGGCUUUGCAAACUCUACAAGUGAUGGCUAGAAGUGGGGCGAUGCUGGGCGAGGCCUUGGUGCCGUAUUAUAGGCAAAUAUUGCCGGUCUUGAACAUGUUUAGGAGUCAGAAGAGCAUGAGUAUGAGUAGAGACGAUAUGGACUACAGACUAGGAAGAAAUAUCGGGGCUUUGAUAGACGAGACUUUGGGAGUGCUGGAAAACAUGGAGGAGAGGACGUGA